CGGCCCAGUACUCGGACAAGACCCUGCGCAAGUGUUGUGAGGACGGCAUGAAGGAGAACCCCAUGGGCCACAGCUGCGAGCAACGGGCCACCUACAUCCAGGAUGGAGACGCUUGCGUCCGCGCCUUCCUUGACUGCUCAUCAAGGGCGUCCGCGACAAGAAGCAGCACGACUACCUCCAGCUGGCUCGAAGCAAGCGAAGAGGACGAUCUCUUCCUGGCCGAGGAGGACAUCACCUCGCGGACCCUCUUCCCGGAGAGCUGGCUGUGGCAGGUGGAGCAGCUGACUGAGCGGCCCAACGAGCUGGGGGUCUCCGCCAAGACUCUACCUGUCUACCUGAAGGACUCUAUCACCACGUGGGAGGUCCUGGCCGUCAGCCUCUCGCAGACCAACGGCCUGUGCGUGGCUGACCCCUAUGAGAUCACGGUGAUGAAGAACUUCUUCAUCGACCUGCGCCUGCCCUACUCCGUGGUGAGGAACGAGCAGGUCCGCGUGGAGCUGAUGCACAACCCAGCCCUGUGCAGCGCUUCCACCUCCAAGACGCGCUACCAGCAGGUCCUCAAGCUGAAAGCCCAAUCGUCGUGGGCCGUGCCUUUCGUCCUCGUGCCUUUGCAGCUGGGGCUGCACGACGUCGAGGUGAAGGCGGCCGUGCGGGGCAAGGACGUGGCCGACGGCGUCAAGAAGAAGCUCAAAGUUGUGGGGAGAAGGGACAUCCUGGUGCGGCUCUGGAACACCUUGAGGGACAAGGACCGUCCUGCUGCAGAUGUGGGGCGGGGCUGGGUCACCUCACGGUGGGGUUUUGGGGAUCACUCAUCUCCAUCUUGGACUCCUUGCCCCACAGAUGGUGUCCAAGAAGAGAAGGUGAGGGCAGCAAACCUCUCUGACAUUGUCCCCAACACCGAGUCGGACACCAAAGUCAGGAUUCAAGGCAACCCCGUGUCCAUCCUGGUGGAGAAAGCCAUCGACGGGGACAAGCUGAAGCACCUCAUCGUGACGCCGUCGGGCUGCGGGGAGCAGAACAUGAUCGGGUUGACGCCCACCGUCAUCGCCACCCACUACCUGGACAGCACGUCGCAGUGGGAAAGCCUCGGCAUCGACCGUCGUGCUCAGGCCAUUGAGUUGAUCAAAAAAGGUGGGACCGUCCCCUGGGUUCCUCUCUUGGGGUGCAAAUUGUCUCCGUCACCCCCAGCGCUGAAGAACCGUCAAUCGAGCACCUGGUUGACAGCCUACGUGGUCAAAGUCUUCGCCAUGGCCAUCAAGCUGGUGGACAUUAAACCUGAGGUGGUUUGCGGCGCCGUGAAAUGGCUCAUCCUGGAGAAGCAGAAGCCGGACGGGAUCUUCCAAGAAGAUGCUCCGGUCAUCCACAAGGAGAUGGUGGUAUGGCUGACGGCCUUUGUCGUGAUCGCGCUGCAGGAGUCCCGCGACAUCUGCAAGGAUUUCGUCAACAACUUGGAUGGGAGCAUCGACAAAGCCACCGAGUACCUCUCCCGGAGGUACCAGUCCUUGAAACGACCCUACACAGUGGCCUUGACCUCCUACGCCUUGGCCCUGGCGGGGAAACUCAAAAGCGAGAAAAUCCUCAUGAAGUUCUCCAGAGAGGGGAGAAGUUGGGAGGAACACAACGCCCGCACCUACAACAUCGAAGGGACGUCCUACGCGUUGCUGGCCUUGCUGCAGAUGGAGAAGCCGGAGCUGACGGGGCCG